AUGAUAGUCAAGCGAUUAUUCGCAUUCAUUUCUCCUUUUCCGAAAACUCUCGAAGAAGUCGCUAACUCCCCCCCCCCCAUGAUUGAACAAAACCAUUGGAAAAACCCCUAUUUUUUGCCCAAAAACCCAUCCUCAGUGAGUGAACAAAAAUUUAUUAAUAGAAAAAAAAUUGAUAUAUAAGUGAUAAUUGUAUAAUGAUAUAAUUAAAUAUGGCGUCUUCGUCUGGGCAUGGUCUCCCAGCCAUGCAGCCUCGACUCAUAUUUAAUUAUAUCCGGCAAGGUUUUGCCAGCUCAGAAAGGGACAGCAAUGCUAGGUAAGCAAUUCUGGUUGUGUUCAGAGCCUAGUCCAAGUCUAUUUUCAGGGCUGGUUUUUUCCUCGUGGGGAAGGAAGGCAUGUCAGUUGGAAAGGGGAAGCCAAGCAGAGUCUUAAGGACCAAUCGGGCAACUCCCUAGCGUGAAACUGGGCGUUACGUCCCAGGCUGCAUGUUUUUCCUUUUUGCCGAGAGCCGACCAGAAAAUCCAUUUUUUGGAUUUUCGGAAAGGCAACCCAUGUACAGAAGCAAGUAGCUCACUCAUGAGCCGUCAAAGCCGGUGACAUUUGCCCUAGGCGCAUCUUGGUGAUCGAGAUGGGUUGGCCCAGCAACCUGUUGGCCCGGUGCGGCGAAAGGCAAGUGGCGGGCCUGGGGAUAGUCUACCCCGUAGUGGACGUUAAACGUUAUAAUUAAUUAGAAUUAGAUAAUUAGUAUAAUGAAACCUCGAGCUAAUUUCUGUUUUAUUUUAAAACAUAAAUUUUAUAAAUUAAAUAUAUAUUUGCUUCCCAAUUUUUUGCAAAUUAGGAUUUUUUUUAAAAUUUCGAAAAAAAAAUUCUAUAAAAUUUCUAUAUAAAUUUUUUUUGAAAAAAAAAAUUAACCUCCGUGAGUGAACAAAAUUUUUUUUGUUUACUCACGGAGGGGGGGAGUAAGGUAAACCUCCUCCAAAACCAAGAUCCCAAGGCAGUAGCUUCAAUCUGAAAUGAAUACCAUGCAGUCCGUCCUAACUGUACUUCAAUGGUCCUGGCUAAUCUUUAUUACACACAUUUCUCCAUCAGAGCACUAAAGCAUCCAUUAUUUAUCUUCCCAAUCAGAAGGAGAGGAAAUAUUUUCUUCCUUACAGCCAGAUAUGUAGACAAACUAGGUUUAUUUUAUUACCUCCCUGAUUAUGAAGCCCAACAUGAGAAUGCUACUGCUUCAUUUGGGCUUUCUUUUUAUGACGAACUUACAAUUAGCAAAGAAAUAAUAUUGAUUAGAGGGGACAUCAAUGAUAGACUUAUCAGUAAAACUGAGGCGGAUGUGAUAAUGAGUGCUUAUUUGGCUCAUUAUCUGGAAGAUGAGCUCUAUGAAAAGUAUAUCGUUACUUUUAAUGAUAAAGCAGACCAAUUUGAUCAUGGGAAAUUUUUAGAAAGCUAUUUUGCAAGAUUUGUUCCUAGGUACUAA